CGCCGGGAUUUGCGGGGUCCGGUGCGGUUAUCCGGAUUGGCGGCCAAUGCGGUUGGUGGCGGUGGGGAGCGGCGUGGGCGGCGGCCCGUGGGUGAGUUCGUACGUGGGAGGGAGGAAUGAGAAGGUGGGGCAAUGCUUUUACGCCGUGGAGGAUCGGAAGGUGGCGGUGGAUGAGGGAGGCGAUGCGGUGGCGGGGGGUGGGAAGCGGGUGGCGGAAGUGGUGGUGGCGGCGGUGGCGACGGUGGUGCUGGGCGUGGGGAACCGGGUUUUGUAUAAGCUGGCUUUGGUUCCUUUGAAGCAGUACCCUUUCUUCCUUGCUCAACUUGCCACUUUCGGAUAUGUGAUAGUGUACUUUGGCAUUUUGUAUAUUCGACACCAUGCGGGAAUUGUGACUGAUGAGAUGUUACAUGCUCCAAAGGCUCCAUUUAUAGUUGUUGGUAUAUUGGAGGCUCUUGCUGCUGCCACUGGAAUGGCCGCAGGAGCAAUUCUCUCCGGAGCAUCAAUUCCAAUUUUGUCUCAGACUUUUCUAGUGUGGCAAAUACUCCUGUCAAUUAUUUUUCUUGGGAGAAGAUAUAAAGUCAACCAACUACUUGGAUGCUUUCUUGUAACCAUUGGUGUAGUUGUUACUGUAGCAAGUGGAGCUGGUGCUGGGGAUUCAUUAAAGGAAGGUGGUAUGUUUUGGACUCUUUUGAUGAUAGUUUCAUUUUUCCUCCAAGCAGCUGAUACUGUGCUGAAGGAGAUAAUCUUUUUGGAUUCAACCCAAAAACUGAAGGGAGGUUCUAUGGACCUGUUUGUUGUCAAUUCAUAUGGAUCUGCUUUCCAAGCAUUAUUCAUAUGCCUUCUUCUCCCCUUCUUGUCAAAAUUAUGGGGCAUCCCCUUCGGUCAACUACCAAACUACCUUAAAGAUGGUGCAGCCUGUUUCCUAAAUAUUGGUACAUUAUCAAGUGGAUGUGAUGGUGCCCCUCUACUGCCUCUGCUGUUUAUUAUUGUAAACAUUGGCUUCAAUAUUGCAUUGCUUCAUCUCCUCAAGAUCUCUUCAGCUGUUGUAUCUUGUCUUGCUUCAACAUUUUCAGUCCCAAUAUCUAUCUAUGUGUUCACCAUGCCAUUGCCGUAUCUUGGUGUUGCUUCCUCUCUUCCAACAGGAUUUAUGGCAGGGGCCGUCAUUCUCUUAGUGGGGUUACUCAUUUAUGCUUGGACCCCUUCAAAUGGUUCCUCGGGUGCUUCCUUCUCAACUUCCACCUAGAGAGGCUAGAAUGAGUUGACAUGUCAUUGAAGACAGUUCAACACAAGGAGAAAGGAAUAUUCUGUUCUUGUAAUAUUUGUUGCUAAGCAUUUUUUAUGAGCUAAGCCCAAGUGAGAAAGAAAGAGUCCAGGUAGAAAAGAUAUCCCAAGUUCAAUUUUGGUGUUAGCUAAGAAAAAAGUAAAUAGAGAAUAAAAGUCACUUUGUUGAUGUUGACUGAGGAAACAACAUUCCAUCAUUUGGAUUUGCUUAGAAAAAAUCCAGCAUGUUCUUACCUUGACCACUGAGUACAUAACUGAUUGUGUAUAUGCAAAUUGGUAAAUUUAAUGGUUUGAUUAACGAGUGGUGUUUCUCGCACUAA